GGUAUUUCAAGGUGCGUGUUUUGACUCCUACCGCGGUGCCUUUUGAUUUUAAGUUAUUAGUUUGUCGGUUGGUUAGAUUGUUACUGUUGAUUGAGCUGUAGCAGUUAGUCUGAAGCUUGUCGAGCAGGGAAUUUAUGCCCGUCUCAUUGGGGAAUUACCCUAAUAGCGAUUCCAGUUAACAGUUUGAGUUGCACAUUACGCUCGUGUAGCGAGUUACACUAUCUGUUUCUGGUUUCGAUUCCUGGAUUGUCUUAAUCCGAGGAUUUUGUUACUUCUGAACGCUGUGUUUUUGCCUUCCUUAAUAAGUGUAAGGGCGUUGUGUGCUUUGCUGAGUCAGCUAGUCGUCUUUCCUCUUCUCUACCUACUCUUCUCACGCUACUCUGUGUUCUCCCCCAGUAUACAAAGUUUCUUCUGGCCUAACUCAGACCACUACAACUUGCGGCUGUUGUUGCGAGUUAUCCAAACAGAUGAUGCUACGACUCUGUCCUCAGUGGUCUUUUUUCUAUUUUCUUACAUCGUAUCCCUUGCCUCUGGCCACAAAUGCCCUGGUACGGCCGAGAGUGGGGAGAGUCCGCUCUCCCUCUCGAAAUGCUCUCACAUGGCCACGCGUGUAUAACCCCUGCCAGGGAAGUCCUACUCACUGCCUUCUCGUGGCGGGGGUGUUGUUUACGAAAUUUAGAGGACGAAAAGCAAAUGUCCGGCGCAUUAACCAGGUUGGUGGACACGGAAAGUCCACCUAGGGGAGUUGGAAAACCCUGAUUCCAAACCAAUGGUGCACAUGUGUUUCAGUAUCCUAAAGAGACAAAUGGCGUAUGGAUCAAUCGUUGGUCACCGGCUACCAUGGGACUGCAUCUCCUCACGAUGCUCCACUGCCUUUUGGAUUAGAUCUUUAGGCCAAAGGGUCCGGGUGUGGUUUCCCAAGAAAACUGCCUACUUAAGUCUGGGCGCCCCGUCAGUAUUCCAGACCUCACAAAUCGAGUGGUUUAUGUGGCGCAUAUCUAUUUGGUGCCUUUUCGUAGCCGUGUUUAAGUGCUUAAAUAAAUAAAUACAAAUCGACAAGAUUUCCAUCAACUGUGUUUAAAGAGGCUUGAUCGCAAACUGUCACUCUCGAAGUUUAUGUUUGAACCUCAAUCAUUCUUUAGUGAAAACAUUCAUUUCUAUGAUUUUCCCGGCGUAAUAAUCAUAACAGGGGAAUCCUUGAGAUACAUGGAGAUGACAAAGCUGGAAAUCUAUACGAGGAAAAAUUAGCUGUUCUGAGUUAUGUGAAAAUUGUUCAUUCUGAAGAAGGAUGUUAUUAUAUCCCAUCAGUUUUAUACACUGUAGUAUCCGCCUCCUGUUUUAAUCAGAUUACGAAAGACCAAUGGAUUUUAGAAACCCGAAGCAAAUUGUUAAUUGCUGGAAAGCUCAUCCAUUCAGGCUCAAGGAACCAUGGAGAGCGACCAUAACUUAAGCCUAGACUAAAAUAAAGUGCAUGCAUUGACCGUGACCAUUAGUGGACAAUAAAAGCAAAAAAGGGACAGCGGGUGUAAGCAACCAAACACCUAUCCUAACACACACAAACAGGUCUUGUUAGAUCAGUCACCAGUAAGAUUAUUCCGGAAAAACAACUAUUGUACACUCAGUAGAGGUGAGCAGAUCCAAGUGUCUGAGAUGUUCGUAAUAUUGACUGUAGUGAAAAUAUAUUGAAAGAAAGCUUAAGGCGACCAAACCAAGGCAUCGCAUCUGUCCAUGAAGUUAUUGGCAGCUGGUCUAAGCUAAACUGAUAGGUGUAAACUACCUGGUUGAGGUUCGCGUUAUAAACACAUUCAGUGGUUCAGGUUGUUGGGUAAUGGGAUUCAGAAUCAAUCAAGGUGGUUUAGAUGCACUCACCUUUCCUCUCGAUCUUAAGUCUCAGUAGUUCUUCAUAUAUACUCAUUCCUUUUGGAACCACAUUCCUAGUGCUUAGUCUUUCUCACUACCAGUGUCACUACAGUUAUUCUUAUUCGUUUGCUAUUCGAUUCGUCAAUCGUAUAUCUCGAUUUGAUAUGGGGAACUUAGCUAAUCUCCACGUGUUAUAUUCUACAGUGAUCAUAACUAACUUAAAACGCGAACGUAAGUCACGAUGAAUAGUCUUACUUAGGCUCUGGGAUAUACUUAUUUCCUUCGUUUUUUUAUGCUUACGAUCAAUUACCUUAGUUACUGACAAUAAAUAACAAUAUAUCAACUGGCUACUUGUUAUGAUUGGUAAAGUCGAAAAUCUUGCUGCGAAUAAGCUUCUGCAUGGAUUCAGGUUAAAAAGAUCUUUCGAAGUGGCAGAGCUUCGAUUACUAGCUGCUGAGCUUGAGCAUCAGAAGUCGGGUGCAAAAUACUUGCACUUGGCACGAGAUGAUCCAAACAAAACAUUCAGUGUUCAACUUAGGACUGUUCCACACGACGAUUCUGGUGUUUUUCAUGUUUUAGAACAUACUGUUCUUUGCGGAUCCCAAAAGUAUCCUUGCCGUGAUCCGUUCAUGAAGAUGACCCAUAGAAGUCAAGCUACAUUCAUGAAUGCUCUUACUGCUAGCGAUUGGACUAUGUACCCAUUCAGCACAAUGAAUGAUACCGAUUUCCAGAAUCUUUUAAAAGUCUAUCUAGAUGCUGUUUUCCGACCUAAAAUCGAAGAGCUUGAUUUUAUGCAAGAAGGAUGGCGUUUAGAACCAGAAAACCUUAAAGAUUUGACAUCAAAUCUGGUUUUGAAAGGCGUAGUCUUCAGUGAAAUGAAGGGUGUAUUUUCUAACUCACUGAAUCGUUUUGCUCAAACUAUCCAAAACAAUUUGUUUCCGCAAACUUACGGUUUUGUUAGUGCAGGGAGUCCAGAACGUAUUCCAACACUAACGUACGAGUAUCUGAAGGAGUUUCACAAUAAGUAUUACCAUCCGAGCAACUCAUGUUUCUAUACUUAUGGUAAUGUAAACCUGGAACAAUGUCUUGAAUAUCUUGAUUCAGAGUAUCUUCAACAUUAUAAUUUUUCACUUGAAAACAACUCAGUACCAUUAGAAUGUAUGUGGGAUGAACCCAGAUUAGUUCAGUUGACAUGUGAACCAGAUCCAAUGAAUCCCCACCCAGAUCGUGAAUGUUGUGUAUCUCUUAGCUUCCGUUUGGUUGAUAUUUGCGAUGUUUACAAAAAUUUUGUGCUUGGAAUAGUUUGUAAUUUGUUGCUAAAUGGUGAUAAUGCACCCUUGUAUCGUGGUUUAAUUGAGUCUGGAUAUGGCCUAGACUGGAUCGGCCGUGUCAACGGAAUCGAUCGCGAAACUCGCACUACAAGUUUUCAUGUUGGGGUACAAGGUGUUCGAGCAAAUGAUCUGGAGAAAUUUCCCCAUAUAAUCAAUGAUAUAUUAUCCGAAGUCGUUCGGGAUGGUUUUCCAGUGGAAUCUGUUGAGGCUACUCUUCAUCAGUACGAACUAGAAAUUCGUCAUGAGUCUGCUCGCUUUGGUUUAAAUCUAAUCCUGAACCUAUCCAAUGCUGUUAAUCAUGGUGUUGAUUUAAACGAGUUCCUGAAAAUUGGAGCUAAUGUGGAUCGAUUUCGGCAGGAAUGGAACACGGAUCCGACUAUACUUCAAAGUUUUGUUCAACAAUUCUUUCUAGAUAACAAACAUAAACUGAUAACUGUAAUGCGUCCUGAUCCAAACUGGAGGUCCAUAGAAGCCAAGAAGGAUGAAGAAAAUUUGGAUCGUUUGACAAAGGACAUAACACCGUUGGAUAGGGAAAAAUUAGCACUAAAGGCUCAUCAACUCCUUGAAAAACAAAAUCAAGAAGAAGAUGUUUCAUGUUUACCGUGCCUCGACAUUUUUGACGUACCUUUGGAAUGCCGACCAGAACCGUUUACACUCACUCAAACUUCUAAUUUUCCUGUCCAGUUGAACGAAGCAGCAACUAAUGGUUUAUUUUAUUUCCAUGCUUUGGCUGAUUUAAAGGAUUUGCCUUAUGAACUAUUAUCUUACGUCCCACUGUUUUGUUCGUUGUUUACCAGAUUGGGAGCGGAUGGAAUGUCUUACUCAGAAAUGGACCAAGCAAUGGAGCUACAUACAGGUGGUUUCGUUGCUUCUCCUUUUGUUACACCUAAAAUACCAUCUUGUUUGAAAACUGACUUUUCGUCUGCAUCUCGACAAAUUCAUUUGUCCAGUUAUUGUCUUGAAUCUAAAAUACCUAAUUUCUUUGAACUUUGGUCAAAACUUUUCCGCUCCCCAGAUUGGUCGGAUCAGGAGCGUUUAUCAACUGUGAUUCAAAUGUCAGCUGCAGGUGAAUGGUCAGCUAAUGCAAUUUCAGAUUCAGCCCACCAGUUCGCGAUGUGUCGCGCAGCUGCCAGUCUUUCGUCAACUCUGCUUACUCGUGAACUCUGGUCAGGGAUGGAGCAAGCUAGAAUCAUGCAACAUAUUGCUAGCGAAAUCGGACUAGAAAGUGACAAACGAAGUGAUGUUCUUUCAAACAUUAUUGAAUGUAUGAAGGCUAUUUGGAGUUAUAUUACUUCACAUAGAAGACUAAAAUUCAGUCUUCAUGGAGAAGCUGAUGGUUUAAUGUCAGGAUUAAAGCAUCUUGAUGGAUUUUUAAAUGAUUUGUCACAAUCACCAAAAGUAUCGACCAGCUUACCGAUUAAAGACUCUCAAAAUCCAGAUGUUUUCCCAAAUAUUUCUCGGAAUACGUUUUUUGCAAUGCCGUAUACAGUGCACUAUGCUGCUAAGGCUAUUGAAGCUCCAAGUUAUGACGCUGAAGAUUAUGCAAGUUAUCGUGUCUUGGCUCAUUUACUGUCGUUUAAGUACUUACAUCGGGAAAUAAGGGAAAAAGGCGGUGCUUAUGGUGGGGGAGCGAUUGCCAAACCGGAAGCUCUCUUGUUUUACUCCUAUCGUGAUCCUUAUCCUCUCAAAACGCUAAGUAGUUUUGAAAAUGCAAUAAAAUGGGCCAGCUCCAGAGAAUUUCAAGAUCAAGAUAUUAAAGAAGCUAAACUUUCUGUUUUCCAAGCAUUAGACUAUCCUGUUUCAGCGGGUUCCCGCGGUCUAACCUAUUUUUUGAAUGGGAUCAGUGAUGAUUUGAGACAGUCACAUAGAAACCAGGUUUUCUCUGUUGAUGCAUCAAGAAUAAAGAAUAUCGCUGGGAAAAUUGUACAAAAAUUAUCUGAUACAUCAGAUUUUCAUAAUGUGGGUCAUGUGGUCAUAGGCCCAGACAGUAGUCCCGAUUCGAUUCAAGAUACUUCCGGUCAGGAUUCCAAAAAUGUAUGGGAACGUGUAACAAUGAUGGUUUAGAUCUACUACUACAUUUGUAAUGCAACUCAUCAAUUUAAUUUGGUGUUGCCUUUACAAAACUUAUGUAUGAGAUCACUUUAUAAAAUAACUCUGAAUUUCAUACAUUGUGCUGAAAGAAAUAUGUCACUAGUUUUCUCUGUAUUCUGUUAACAUUAUACCUUCUAUCGUAUAUAAAGUUUACAGUUGUAUAGAAUUUUCAUGUUAAUAGUCACACUUCCUAUUGUUCAUAUUUGAUAUUAAUUGGAGGUAAUUUUCCAGGUUUUAAAAUGUAUGUAAUAGUCAUUAUUGAUGGCGAAAGGAAUUCUCAAAGUAGUUGCUCUGUUGAUUAAAAGUAAGAUGCAGUUUAAAUAUGUUCAUUAUUAGUUUAAGCCUUGCGGAAUGGGAUCUUUCGAAAUUAGUAUAUAGUCUAGAUGUUGUUUCAAAAAUUUCUUAUAUUGUUUACUUCAUCCAACUAAAUGUAUGCAAUUUUCCGUCUAUAAACGUUAAGUAAUGGUCUUU